AUGUCAAACUCGCCGUCCGUUUCCGAAGAUACCCUCUCUACUCCCCUGGUGACACCUGCUACACCUGCCCAACAUGAUUGCUCCAAGGAUACGAUACAUGAAGGUACCCCACACUCGCGGCAGGGCCGUCUCUCUCAGGGGUCUAGAGAGGUUUUAUCACCGUCGCGCGCUGAAUCUCCCACCGCCCAUUCUUGGUCCCAACCCGUCUCCCGAUUAUUACCUCUAAAAAGAACCGCGACCACACCCCCAGAAAAUACUGCGCAUCCAGAUAUUGUCUACAGGCCCCAGCUGUCAGAACGUGACAGCAUUUUUGCUACUCAUUAUCUCCCAUCAGAUAGCGUCGCAACUACUCCACAAUUACCCCCCGAAAAGGCCUUGGGCAAUGAGCGCCAGGUCAACUUGAUCCCUAGCCUCGAUGAUGCAUCCGUGUCUCCAAGUGCAUUCUCCAAGGUCUCUCCCCACCGUUUUAACGUCGACCCUUCCCACAUGGAAGUUGACGUCCACAGAAACUAUCCUUUGCGUUCCUCUCUAUUUUCAUCCUCCGAUGUUCCUCGUUUGAAUCUCCUGCGCGCAUCGACCUCGCCGACUGAUCGCUCAAAGAAAACCGAGGUUGAGACGGGCGUGCAGGCUCAUUUGGGAUCGCAGCGGUACAAGGUGCCAUUGGAUAAAACAGGUACGAAAACCAGUCGGUUUCAAGGCACUUUACCUGAACGGAAUAUUUUCCCGUCCACACUAGAUGAUGUCUCUCAUGUCUCCCCUUUGACCGUAUCCUCUGGCGAGGACUCUCAGGUCAGUCGGGAUCUCCUAUCCUUCAGUCCUCGAGAAGAACCCCAUCAAGCCCCGGUGGCGGUUGAGCGGAGUCCCAGCAGAGGCCGUCGUGGCCGAGUUGACAGCGCCAUUGAAGCCAAUUUGGCCAAUGCGGAUCCGGGCUCUCAUGUGCGCAGCCGUAAAUCCAGCCACUACCUGGGCCUUUUCAAAGAGAACACAGCCACAACAUCACCGGAUCGUAAACCACGAGAGGAUCGCGGCCGACCACAAGAUGAGACGUUGGAGUCGAUAGAUCGCGUCAUGGAUUAUGAACAAGAACCACAUCGUUCAGAGCAUGAAACUUCGCUUCGUAAAAGCAGCUCACUCUCCGCGCUUGGCGACCCUCCGUCUUUCCAACCUUCUCUAGAUGAGCGUUCUCAGAUCACACAAGACGAUGAGCCCUCUAAGCGUCGCCCUACAGCGUUGCCUCGCAGCUUGCUGGAGGAGAUCCGAAAUUUCCAUCUCACACCUGGUGGUGGCCAUGGAUCUUCGUUCUCAAAAAGCAUUCCAACUCAAUACUCAGAGCGCACCCGUGACUACUUCCAGGAGGAUCCUAAUCUCGAGAUAUCCCCGUUGAACUCUUUUGAGGAAGAGGAGCGUGGAUCGGGGCGAAUUGCAGUUGAGGAGGAGGAAAACGAGCAGAUUUCUUCUGCCGUUUACUUCCCCCACGAGCGUACAGUGCCUGAUGGCGUUGAUAACCUACAAGAAUUCUCCGAUAGCCCUGAUGUACAGCCGGGUCAGCUAUCGACUGUGGAGAAAGGUCAUGAGCUGAUGUUAGUACCCAAAGAACGUAGCGAUUCUCCCGAAGAGGAAAUUAGCCAUGUGGAUAUAUCCUUGCGAUCUAAGAAUGAUAGAAGCAUCCUUCAUGGCGAUAUCCAUUCUCCACAAAAGACUUUGCCAGAAAAGCAAAUUCCUUUGAGUACCAUCUCUGAAUGCAGCUGGGAUUCAACAUACGAUUCCGAAGCCGAACAGCCGUCAGCAGACGAAAGUGUUCAAUCUGCUAAUGAGGAGUCCAAUCUGACCGACGAGGCGGAAACCCCGACUGCGACACCUACUCAGCGUUCCCGGCUUCUCUCCCGCCCUAAACCCCCGCCCCCAAAGCCUCUUGGUGCUGUGGAAUUGAAGCCCUAUCGACAUCAGGUUGGCGGGCACACCACUGUCUUCCGCUUUUCCAGACGUGCUGUAUGCAAGCAGCUGAACAACCGAGAGAAUGAGUUCUACGAACGCAUUGAACGGAGGCACCCAGAGAUGCUGGUAUUUCUUCCAAAAUACAUCGGAGUGCUGAAUGUGACCUUCUCGAAGACAUCUAAACGAAAGGAUCAGGUUGAUUCUGCCGAUGGAACAUCUCAAGAGGUGACACCUGCCAAUGGAACUUCAGCGCUCACCUCACAGCUUCUCGAGGCAGCAGAGCGAAAAGAGCCGCAGCAGCGAAUAGUUAGCCAGUCCCAAGUCACAGGGGUUAUCCCCAAGGUUAUUCUUGAGAACAAUCGCCACAUCAUUCCUGCCGAUCUUUUUACCCGCCAGCAGCGACCACGGACAGCAGAUGCUUCAAUAAACCGCGCACGAUCCGUUGACGGCCUCGAGGGCAUGUCAGUGGAGUCUGAUCCGUCGGCUCUGAGCAAGCGGGCCAAAAUCUGGGGCGCCACAACUGUCAAUCUCAAGCUUCAGGAGCAGGUUCUCCGCGAGGUAUUCAGCCCUCCUGCCAUUCAUCAUCAUCGACGGCAUGCUCGCGGUCAUGUCCAUCUGCCAAGAGCUAAUUCCGACAUGCCCACCACCACACGCCGCCGAGAGAACCUAUCAGAAGACCAAUCGGCCGGCAACCGGCUACCGGUCCCUGGACCAAUCACAGCUCUGAAGACCGAAGCGAUUGACAUUAAGGCGCCCCCUGGUGAGCCUGCUCUUUCGUCGUCGGCCUCAACUGCCCUAGAGGCCAAUCAAAAUCGCCUAGAGAAGAUCCGGACCGAAGAGGAGCCUACCCGAGCAAGCUCGCUCUCUCGGGCUUCUCACACAAGACGGCGGCAUUCCGGGAGUGGUCUCCAGAGACGUGGCAGCAUGGACUCUCGCAACAAUGGAGAGCUCCUGUUCUUUGAUGACGAGGAUUAUGUCGCUGACAAGGAGGAUGAUAUUUUCACCAUGGAAGCUGAUAAUUCGAUGUCGAAUUCUUCUUCCACCGCGAAACGGUCAGCUUCGCCAGUGUCAGAAAAUAACUCGACAAAUGGUUGCCAUGUAACCGAUGUUUUUGCUUCUAGUAGAACUUCUGAUUCAGCCCGCUUCAAACCACAAGAGCCUGUCAACCCAACCUUACCCAGCAACCCUAAAGAGGCACAGCUGAGGAAGGACGAACGAGUGCAGUUCUUCCUCCUUCUUGAGGAUCUGACGGCGGGUAUGAAUAAACCAUGCGUGCUGGAUUUGAAGAUGGGCACUCGACAGUAUGGUAUUGAGGCGAAUGAGAAGAAGAAGAAGUCUCAGCGACGGAAAUGCCAGUCCACUACUUCGCAGCAGUUGGGUGUACGGCUCUGUGGCAUGCAGUCUUGGAACGUCAAGAAACAGGAGUACAUCUUCGAGGACAAGUAUUUCGGACGAGAUUUGAAAUCUGGUCGUGAGUUCCAGGAUGCGCUCACUCGGUUCCUCUAUGACGGUGUCAGCUAUACCAGUGUUGCCAAAAAGAUCCCUGUCAUUCUGGAGAAAUUAGCUUUGUUAGAGCACAUGAUUCGACAGCUGACCAGCUAUCGGCUGUACGCUAGCAGUCUCUUGAUUCUUUAUGACGGAGAACCAUCUCCAUCUCCAUCUCCAUCUCCAUCUCAGCAAGAGCAGCCUCGUUCUGGCGAACGCCCGCCACUCAAACGUGGAACCUCCAAUGAUGGCCAGGAUAGACUGAACGUUCAACUGAAAAUUGUCGAUUUCGCUAAUUGUGUCACUGGCGAGGACGAACUUCCUCCAGAUACACCAUGUCCACCUCACACCCCGCACGACAUCGAUCGUGGAUAUUUGCGUGGCCUUCGCACACUGCGGAUGUAUUUCCAGCGAAUCCUGAAGGAGGUCAGUCUGGAUGAAUUUGUAGAACGAGGUGAAGGGGAAGCGAUCGCGCUGGGUUCUCAACCUGCGGCUCGUGAGAGACCUUCUGCUCAGUAUUGGGAUGAGACCAUGAUGGAAAGUGACGCGGGGGAAGUCAGUUUCUAG